AUGCGGCGCGCGACAAAGCGCGAGCCGCGAAAGAGACCAGCAGGCGGCGCCUCUGGGGCAACUUCCGUCGAGGCGAAAGCCGCCGGCACUGGGCGCACGCGACAUCAGCAGUCGUCGUCGUUGCAGGUAAAGAAGAAUGCAUCGACGGCCAAGCGACAUGCAAAGGGUGCUGUUCAGUCCCGCAGUGACGAGACGCUUGUAUCACCGCUCCGUGACCCCUUUCCACCGAUGUUGCGCAUGCCGCCAACAAAGGAGGUUUACCCUGCAGCACAGGUUGCAGUUGCGGCUAGAAACACAGAGGGGACUGCUCUCGUGCCGCGCAGUCGGAUGGGGUCGGUCGAUGACGCUGCUUCAGCUGUUGCUGGGAUGUUUCUGCGACAAUUACGAUUCUGCUGUGUGGUGUAUGGCGGUAAGACGCCUAGUGAUAGUGGUGGUUUGGUAUUUGGUAAUGGGGGCUUGACGAGUGGUGGUGGUGGUGGUGGCGGUGGUAGCUCUGAUGAUCUGUGCGCGACAGCAGGGCCAAACUUUUACCGCAAUCUGUACGAACUCCAUGAAUGGCUGUUUCCAUGUGGCGUCUCUGAGAGCGGGCGUCCACGAGUUGCCAAGCAUGCAUGGCAGGCGCUUUUUUCCAAAAAGAAUCGUCCCUGGCGGACAUUUAUGACUGCUUUAGAAUCCGAGCUUGUAUUGACCGAUUAUAAUGCGGCGGCAGGUCUGGUAACAGUGCUGUACAAUAUCCUUCGUGCCACGUGCCGUGCACGCCGUAAGCGUAUAGUUAGAAUGUGUUCUCGCCUUCGUCUCGUGCAGAUAUGUGCCUCAAUCCUUGAAUCGCAUGAAUGCGCGUUCGCCGCGUCUAUUCAGAGUCGUGACUGUAAUAACAUGGGUAACAUGGGCAUUGGCUGUAGCGCCACUGUGCGAGGCGAAGGCUCGUUGGCUUUAAAUGCUGUAUCAGUAGGUUCAUCCUACGUGCCUUCCCUACCAUUUGCUUUGACCCGCGUUUUCGGGGGUGUUGGAAUGCUGCUGGGUCUCUGCGGGUUAGAAAAUACAAAGGUGCUUGCGGCGGUGCGCCGCUCAACGUUUUUAGCAACAUUUCUGCGGGCUUCCGAGACACUCUACACUGCGUUAGAACACGCCCUGGCCAUUCUAGGGUCUCUCGAUGGGGGAAGCACAGUCGCGGCGACAAAUUCCAGUAGUGAUUCCAGGGCACGUCUCGACGCAGCUGUUUGGCGCGUCUUUCCCACAUGCGAUACCCUUCUGCAUUUAGUAGUGUCACUCUUUCAGCUGUCGGUUUCGCCUCUUAAUGUGGGACUUAUUGGCUCUCUUGGGGUAAAGCUCUGUAUACAGAUCGGUUGCCUCGGAUAUAACUUCCUAUCUAAAAAUGCACUGCUGGAGAGUGCGGCGGUUCGUUCCUUUAAAGAACGCCUUGAAGCUCUGACGUUUUGGUCAGUUGAGCUUUUGUGCCGGCUAUGCUGUACGGGGAAGGGGAAUAUACAGGCUCUGGAGGCUGCAAGACAUCAUUGCGCUGUUACGAUGUUGUGUACAUUCAGCACGUUUCCGUUUGGGCGCGCAGAUAUUGUUCUCUCUGCGCUCAAAGCAUUGAAUGCUUUGACGGUCAAGGACAGUGGCUGUCGUGAGCAGUUGCAAGGCGACACGGGGAAACUCUCUACGCUUGUGCGAGGUGCCGUCGCGGCCGCUGAGGCAGCGCAACGCUCGCCGGUGUACUGGCACAGGCUGUACCUGUCGCUGUAUGCAUUAUUCGGCGUCAUCACGCUACCUGGUGAAGCAGCGGUGGCGCAGCAGAGAGAGGCGACCACGCCGUCCGUCCGCGCCCUUCCCACACAGAACCUCUUUUCGCUGUUUCUGCAGACUGCAAACGACUCCAGUGCCUUGUUGCCGGGAGCUGAUGCGACGACGUUCCCUCUCUCGUUUCUUCCAGUUGAUUUGCAACCGAAUGCUUUUUCACCAGAGUUGCGCGUGAACGGUGGCUAUGAGUCGUCGACCGACCCGUUUCUCUUUGCUGCACCGCAUGGCUUGCCAUGGGCGUUCUUGGAUGUUGAGAUGCCGCCAUGUCGCGAGGCUGUCUCCUCUCUUUUUCCAACUGUGGGACUGAAUUUGCAGGAGUUGGGGCAGUGCCACCUGCUCCCCCAGGCUUCCCAGGGACUACAGCCGCCCUCAGCAGAGACACGCAUACAGGUGUUGAAGCACCUCAUUGAGCGUUUAUGCACCUCACUGUGCCAUAUGGAUCGGAUCAUUUAUGAGCGGCCUGCGCUGUCAUUUUCACCUCUGCUGCGGGCCAUGAUGGAUGGGGAGGACACGACGGAGUCUGAGGUCCUACCUAAUGGUGCGAAGCCGACACAACAGCAAACACCAUCUUUUCCGGGGCUCUUGAGAUUUCAAUCAGAUUUUGAGAGUGGUAACUUGCAGCGCGCUGUUGCCAUUGACGCAAAUGAGUACGAUCUCGUUUUGAGCCCUGACACCAACACAAAUUGUCAUGUGCAGUGGUUCUGUUUUAGCGUGGAGCAGUAUACACCUGGUGCCGCCUACCGCUUCAACAUACUCAACAUGGAGAAAUCCACCUCUACAUUCAACGAAGGGCAGCAGCCACUCAUGCUUUUCGUGGAGGAUUUAUCUUCUGCAAUCAGAACAAACGACCCACCGCAGUGGACGCGUUGCGGACAUGACAUUUUCUAUUACCAGAAUUUGUAUCGACGCCCAGUGCGAUGCACCACCACUGCCAACAAUGCGAGUGGUGCUGCCGCGUCGCCUGCAGAGGGUGGGAAUAACAACGGCGGCCCCGGCGAUCGUAAAUUAGGUGGUGGGCAGCAGCCUUCCAAAAAAGCGAAAAAUAAGAAAUCGGUUAGCACGAAACGCUCAAAACCUCGGAAGGAGGAUGGGGUAUCAUUUUGCUAUACACUGAGCUUCACUGUUACAUUUCCGCAAAAAAAAGGCAGAGUCUUUUUGGCAAACUGCUUUCCAUACACGUACUCGAACUUGCUGGCGGAUGUGCAGCGGUGGCAGAUGCAGGCCAGUGCCUCGUUGGGAACCUCCAUCGUGCUAACAGUUCAAAAGCUCUGCUCAACAGCUGGGGGGCUUCCGGUUCCCAUUCUCACAGUGACAGCGAGCAGCGACACUGAUGGAAAUGAUGGCAAUGAUGACAAGGGCGACAUGAACAGUGGUGAGGAACCAGCCCCAAAGAUGCCGAUUGCGAUUAAGGAGCGUCCGGUCUGUAUCGUGACGGCUCGGGUUCACCCUGGUGAGAGUAAUGGCAGUUGGAUGAUGAGAGGUAUUGUGGCGUCGCUUCUCCGUGAUGAGGGAGAGGCACACGCCUUGCGUAGUCGGUUUGUGUGGAAGAUUAUUCCCAUGCUCAACCCUGACGGCGUAGUUGUGGGGAAUCACCGCUGCUCACUGGGUGGGGCGGACCUCAACCGUGACUACGCCGAUCCCAAACCGUGGGUGAACCCUGUGAUUUACUCGCUGAAACGGCUUGUACAGCAUAUGAUUGAACAGGAGGAGCGUCACGUGGCUCUCUUUGCGGAUUUUCAUGGACAUUCACGCGCCAAGAACUUUCUCAUCUAUGGGUGCACGCGCCGCGCUGAGACACAGGAGAGCAAGAUUUCUGAAAAGGGACCUGCAGCAGCGUUGCCAUCUUCACCGGCAGUCCCAUCUUCCAAUUUGGCUCCUGGCCAGCGAAGGUACGUGCCCAGCGUCACAACGUCGGUAGGGACGGCAUCCACAUAUGUGGAGAAACUUCUCCCGCUUCUCUUGGGUGAACUAACGCCUGCCUUUGCGAUGUCACAGUGCUCUUUUGUGGUGCAGAAAAGUAAGCGACAUACGGGGCGUGUUGUGAUGUACCACCAGUUUGGGAUACGCAUGAGUUACACCAUAGAAGCCACAAUGAUGGGAGGUAAGAAUGAUGGCGUAAGCAGCUACAACACUGCUGUGUUGCAGAGAAGAAUAACGUCUGGCGGGAAAAAGCAGGGCCAACAGCAAUAUGAAGAGGAAGAAGAGAGUGAAGAUAAUGAAAAAAGAGAAACCAUGGAUGAAGGGCCUUUAGAGGUCUCUUACAACACUCGCCACUAUGAGAACAUGGGAGUACUGCUUGCCCGAAGCGUUGGUUUGCUUGCGGGGAAUGGUGAACGCGCUGGCCAGGUGGAUAAAGAGGCAAUUGAGCGUGCAUGGUCAUUGCUGCAAAUGGCUGGGGGGGUAGAUACGUCACCGGCUCCAAUCUCUCCGCUUAUGGGCGGCUCGUACGCCUUGGCGACGCGACGGGAACGCCGCCUGGAGGGAAGCAAGGCGAAGAAAGAGAAGGGAAGCCCUGUCGCUGUGUCAUUGGCGGAGCAGCGGGAGGAGAUGCUGCGCGCGCUGUUUGUGCGCCCGCGACGUUCUGCUACACGGCCGUCAGUGAGCGGCGGCGGCGCCCUGCUGGAGAGCGAUUGCGAUGAGGAUGAGUUUGGCGUGGAGGAUGAGGAUGACGAGGAGGAAGAGGAUGAAGAAGACGGAGAAGAUGAGAACGAUGAUACACCCGGAAAUGCGGCUGGCGAGGCCGACGGAAGUGACGAUGAGGACUACGACGACGCUGACGGGGACGAUGGGGACGACGACGAUGAUGAUGGGGACGAAGAAGAAGAGGGGAUUCCGUCCUCCUCAGAGGACACGGACAACACAAAGGAAGAGUGGGUGAUGAGGAUGUAA